ACUGUACCUUUUCGUGCAGCAGCACUGGAACGCAGCUUAAGAAGGUAUUGUGAGAUGGUCGUUGUUGUGUGUACAUAAUUGAGGGGCUACUUUGUUGACUGUAGAUUUUAUAAGUGUAAAAAAACUUAUCAUUUCUGCAUAUUAAAAUGUCGAUUAAAGUAAAUGUAAAUAGUUCGCCCUCGGUGGAAUUGAGCUCUUAUCGUGAUCAACAUUUUAAGGGUUCGAGAGCAGAACAGGACAGGCUUUUGAGGACUUCUUCCACCUUAUACGUUGGUAAUUUGUCUUUUUAUACCACCGAAGAACAAAUAUACGAGCUUUUCUCAAAGUGCGGCGACAUUAGACGUAUUAUUAUGGGUCUUGAUAAGUACAAGAAAACACCUUGCGGCUUCUGUUUUGUUGAGUAUUAUCUAAGAGCAGAUGCAGAAAACUGCAUGAGAUAUAUAAAUGGUACACGUUUAGACGAUCGGAUAAUCAGAACCGACUGGGAUGCUGGAUUUAUAGAAGGCAGACAGUAUGGACGUGGAAAGACUGGAGGACAAGUAAGAGAUGAAUACCGAUCAGACUUUGAUAGUGGUCGUGGUGGUUAUGGGAAAAUAAUCCAACAGAAAGUAACAUCUAUAUCUGAUGGUGCAUUUGGUCGAUAAAUUUUAUAAGUCUAUAAUUACGCUGUAUAUAUAGGGUGUCUCAUAUUGUACUAUUAAUAAGUUGAAUGUGAUUUUUUAUGAAAAUAAUUAAAGUUUUUAUAUUUUUACUCCGUUUUCUACUCAAUUUUCUGAAAAACAAAGAUUUGUAUAAAGAAAUCUCAUUCUUUUUGUACCUUUUCGUAAAGAAUCGCAUUUUGCUUGACAGUACUUCGUCUAGUCAAAAGCAGAUUUAAUAACAGAUUGGUAGGGAAAAUUGGGCAGAUCUAUGAAAAUCAUAAAACGGCAUACAAUAUGAAACACCUUAUAUACAAAUGUUUCCUUUAUGUUAAGUAUAUAUAAUCGAAGAACUUAAAUAAAUAAUUUUGUAUAUAAAUGUG